AUGGACAGAAUCACAGAGAACCUGGAAUACGCCAAGAACCAGGCGACCGAGGCCUGGAACCGGAACAUGCAUGGCAACAGUGGUCAAGGGUCGUCUCUGAUGAACAACAACAGCAGCAGCAGCAACCAGAGCUAUAUGGACCAGGCCAGGGGUAAGGCCAAUGAUAUGCUGAACCGCGCGGGUGACAUGAUGGGCAAGACCCAGGACUCCGCGAAGGAUAGAAUGUCCGAGAUGGAGCCUAAGGCGGAUGAGUAG